AUGGUGGUGGGGAAGAGCUUUUUCUGGCAGAGGAAAGAACUGGCUGUAAAGGUCCCUAGCUGCCGACAGUGCACUAAAUUCGCUUUGGUUUUAAAACUACUGAUUCAUCAACUUUCUUCUUUUUUUUUUUUUUUUUCCCUAGGAAAUUCCACUUACUUGGAUGAUCAUGGGCCACCUCCUAGUAAGGUGCUACCUUUCCCGAGCCAGGUCGUGUACAACAGGGUAGGCAAGUGUGGGAGUCGUACUGUGGUCUUGCUUCUGAGAAUCUUGUCAGAGAAGCACGGAUUCAAUUUGGUCACGUCAGACAUUCACAACAAAACCAGGCUUACUAAAAAUGAACAAAUGGAACUGAUUAAAAAUAUAAGUACUGCCGAACAGCCCUAUUUAUUCACUCGACAUGUUCAUUUCCUCAACUUCUCAAGGUUUGGAGGAGACCAGCCCGUCUACAUCAACAUCAUUAGAGACCCCGUCAACCGGUUUUUAUCUAACUAUUUUUUCCGUCGAUUUGGAGACUGGAGAGGGGAACAGAACCACAUGAUCCGCACCCCCAGCAUGAGGCAGGAGGAACGCUACCUGGAUAUCAAUGAGUGUAUUCUUGAAAACUAUCCUGAGUGUUCCAACCCCAGAUUAUUUUACAUCAUUCCAUAUUUUUGUGGACAGCAUCCCAGAUGCAGGGAGCCUGGUGAGUGGGCCCUUGAAAGAGCAAAACUGAACGUGAAUGAAAACUUCCUGCUUGUGGGGAUUCUUGAAGAGUUGGAAGAUGUGCUGCUUUUACUGGAAAGAUUUUUACCUCAUUACUUCAAGGGUGUGCUCAGUAUCUACAAAGACCCAGAGCAUAGGAAACUUGGAAAUAUGACUGUGACCGUGAAGAAGACUGUCCCCUCCCCCGAGGCCGUGCAGAUUCUCUACCAGCGAAUGAGAUACGAGUAUGAGUUCUACCACUACGUCAAAGAGCAGUUCCACCUGCUGAAACGCAAGUUUGGACUGAAGUCCCACGUCAGCAGGCCCCCUCUGAGACCCCAGUUCUUUAUUCCAACUCCACUGGAAACCGAGGAGCCGAUCGAUGAUGAGGAACAAGAUGACGAGAAGUGGCUAGAAGAUAUUUAUAAGAGGUGAUGCCAGCACUGUGUUGCCUCCACUGGCUUUAUCUCCCUUUUCCAGAAAGUUUUUUGUUGGGGGAAGAAAAAUCCUUAAGGGACUAAAUUAAUGCUCAGUUGCAUUAAAAAGAACGAAACAUUCCCACAUGUUGGGGUCAUUGGGAGAUGCCCGGUUUUGCGGGUCUUUCUUGUUUAACUGUAUUCUGGGUCUUCCUGGUUCCCCGGAUCCUUCCCAGGUACACUAGAUGGCGCCAUCACAGGGCAGUUCAUCAUAACAUAGCUUUUUCCCUCUAGUAUAAUGAGAGGAGGGGGAGAAAUACAGCCCAUAGCCCAAUAAUUUAUCAUUUGUAAAAUGACUUGUAAAGAUAUUACCUCAGUGGUAGGAAACACCCAGACUUACAUAAUUCGGUAGAAAUACAAAACCACUUAGGGAAUCUACUCUAGAAGUGUCUAAGAGGGGAAGGUAAGACUGAUAAGGACCUCAAAAGGGAGGAUGCCCCUGGAUGAGUGGUUUCCACCCAUGUGGGUAGAAUUCUGCCUCUGGUCCAUCUCAGGGGACACUUUUGCCAACAGCAGCAUACUUCUCUCUGAAAUGGCAAGUCAGCUUGUGCCACACCCCCAACCAGUCCAGAGCCUUGAGUACUUUCCAAGGUCAAGGUGCAGGGCAAGCUCCAUUGAGACCCUCCGUUUCCAAGCACCAUUCUGACGGAUCUAAAAGUAGCAUAGCAGGGGAAAGAAUUUGUUUGCUGUGUAAGGAAAAGUGUAGGCAUGAACAUCUCUGGAGGUCAUGUGACAUCAGAAAAUUGGUUCUUUGUACCCACAUGGCAUCUCUCUCCCCAGCAUCGUUUUCACUGGAGACCCAGGAACCAGUUUAGCUCUGGCAUUGGACUCCUGUGGCAGAAGUUCUAAGCCUGGCCACAGGCAAUGCAUAGUCUCACCCCUGGCCAAGCUGGGUCCCACCAUAAUGGCAUCUUUCACCUUCUGGUCCCUUGAAGGGUACCUGGUUUUGGUCCAAAGGGGUACUGAGUUCUACUCAGGCAGCGGUGAAACUCCAACCCCCUUUCUUAUGGAAGCAGCUCUUUCCUGAGAACCCCUAUUAAGACAUUAAGACAAGAAGCAAGAGCUUCUGGUAAGAGACUGCCUGACCAGCUUUAUGAGCAGGCGUCUGCCCCCAGAGUGGUGCAUAGCUGUGGGGCAGUUCCAUUGCUUGAAAUGUCUCCUCUCCCCAUUCCUCUCCUGUCAUCUGCCCCCGACUCAUGACCCCGUGGGUCUUUGGAUGCUGAAAUGUUUUCAUCUUUAACUGCUCCCCCCCCCCCACUCUGGAUAUGCAUAUAUUUCUGGGUGGAUAACAUACAGCCAGCUGAGAAGCAGGGGUGCGGGGGGUGGUGGCAGACGGGAUACAUGUGACAGAUUUUGUCUCCUUCAUGUUUUCUCCCCUAGAGCCAGCCCUUCAAGAGCACUAGCAGAGUGUGAGUUGGGAAUACUUAAUAGUAAAUAAGACUGACUUUACACAAGCUACACAUUUUCUACUUUUCAGAAACCAACAAGUCUCUCUAGAGUUUUUUCUUCGUUCACUAAAAUUGGACAGUAGCCAAGAUAUAAAGCAAGUCAUUUGGAACCUGUCGAGUGUGCACUAAAGCUACUUUAUCAUGAGAUGUAUUAAGAAGGCUCCACCCCACAGGAGUCCAGUGAAGGCUGGGACCACAGAGGCACAAAGUCCAGCAUUUGGCCACUGGUGGGCCUCCUUUCUGCCUCAGAGAACUGGGGCAGAGACGUGAUUAAGAAAAAUGUUCUUAGAAGAGGAAAUAUCCUUUGUCCUGUGUAGAGAGACCAGGGCCCUACCAUUAGGCAUACCUUAAAAAGCAACCCAGAGAACAGCUGUCCUAUUAAAAACAAAAAAUAAGAGCAGCGCCCGGUACGUUGUGAGUCAUUUCUAUGAAACUGCAUAUAAAGAAUGAUAAUUAGUUUACACACUGUGCAGGCUCGCUCUCUGAAAAUAAAAUGGAACUGGCUUAGUGAUCUCUGCUUUCGUCAGAACAUCGGGACCCAUUGGUCAUUUGCAAAAUGCAUCGUCCUAGUGCAAGUUCACACGAGCACUUCCAGCUGUGUGUUCAAAGGCCUUUACUGUCAGCAGUGAUCAUUAUACCAUGCCAACAAGAGAUGCUGACCUAUUCACUUGCAGGGCCUUAAUGCCGUUUUGCCCCAACAAAGAGUCUCUACGUCCUAAAAGUCAAGGCACUUCAUCCAUUUAUUGGCACACAGGACAGGAUUUCUUUGGCCCUGAGCCCAACGCAGUUUGUACUUCAUGAAAUAUAUUGUACAUUUUACAUAGUUUAAUUUAAAAAAAAAUACAUUUUAAGCUGGUUGAUCUUUGACUGCCUUAUUUAUUAUAACCUUUCAGCACAUUCCAAGGUUUUAGUUACUCAGGAAGGAGUUAAUUAAAAUGAUUUUAUUUUGGUCUGAUGGAUGUUUUUUAAAAGGAAAAUUAUUAUUAUGAACCUUCAGCCUACUCUUCUUGAGUGCCGUAAAAGUGCUUGUAAAUCCUUUCUUUUUUUUUUUAAGAAGAAGAAGGAAGAAAAAAAUGGUGUUUGACAUUGAUGGAAAUUCAAAAAUAUAUAUGGAACUGAAACAUUAGCUUAGCUAAAAUAAAAGCAAUCUGUGUUUGAGAUGAAGUGUUCCUUAACUUAUUCAUCAUCCAUAUAAAUAAAUGAAUAUAAAUAAGUUGCAAUUUUUUUCCCCAUUCUGUUCAUAGCUGGAAAUAAAAGUGCCUGCAGUUUU